AUGUCUACACACGAACACAAGCAUGCGCCUCGAACGGCAGCCACCGGUGGAAACGAGGCGAUUCCAACCGUCUCUGCAACUGGAAUGCCGAGAAUCAUCCCGCGCCACAAAGACAGACGAAGCUCGUCGGAGCAACAAGAUAUUGACGAGAAAGAGGGUUUGGCACCCACAGAAUUGCAAGACGCAGCACAGGAUUCGGACGCUUUCGACUCGGACAGCGACGAGCCGGAAGGGCAACAGCCGAGACCCAGUUACCCACCCACUGGAUCACUGACACUAGCAGCUUUCAACCCGUACUCUUCGAUCCCUCUCUCGCGUCGAAUGGCGCUCAUCUCUGGAUCCAUCUUCAUCAAUCUUGGUCUGCCUUUCCUCAACGGUGUCAUGCUGGGUUUUGGCGAGAUCUUUGCCAGAGUCGUCGUUGCUCCGGCGUUGGGAAUCACUGGCGUUGGAUGGGCCGGUGAAACAGCCAGAGCAGUUGCGAAUUGGAGCAAUUGGGGCAAAACACGAUCAUCAACACAAGGCGAAAAGCGCUGGUCAGGCGAUCUGGCUCAACAGCGUCAGCCGGGCGACUUUGACGAUUGGUCUGCAACCAACGAUGGCGUUGCAUCCGGACCUCGUAUUGAGGUGUGA